UGUGUGUUAACAGGGGGAAAUAAACAACUUGGCGAGCGCUGAACACACGAAUCGGUUGCCACAGCACCGAAAACCGGCAGAGGAAACCGAAAAUGGUCCUCAGCUAAUCAGCGCCCGUUCUUGCUCUGUUGUCGGCGGAUUUACAGAACGACGGCUAGCUGGGUGCUAACGUUAGCACGCUAGCUUGCCAGGAGCACAUAGCAACUGCUGCUAGCUAACGUCACUGGACUGGUACUCUUUACUCUCAAGACUGUAGCUAUGUUCGUCCAGGAGGAGAAGAUAUUCGCCGGGAAAGUGUUGAAAAUACACAUCUGCACCAUGGACGGCACGGAGUGGUUGGAGGAGGUCACGGAAGACACCACUGUGGAGAAACUGAAGGAGAAGUGCUUGAAACAUUAUGUACAUGGAAGUCUAGAAGACCCCAAAACACUUACCCACCAUAAACUUAUACACGCUGCUACAGAAAGAGUCCUCACUGACACUAAAACAGUCGCUGAUGAAAAUCUAAAAGAUAAAGACGUUUUGCUGCUCAUAAAGAAAAGACCGCCACCGACCCCUCCAAAGAUGGCAGAUGUUACUUCAGAUGAAAAGAAGAAACAAGAUAACAAAGCUCCAGACAAAGAUGCUAUCCUGAAAGCCACCGCCAACCUGUCCACACGCCACACUGACCGCACUGUUACCCAGCACAAUAUCAGAGAUUUUCAGACGGAGCUCAGAAAAAUCCUGGUUUCUCUCAUUGAAGUUGCUCAGAAGCUUCUUGCCUUGAACCCUGAUGCUGUUGAACUCUUCAAAAAGGCCAAUGCGAUGUUAGAUGAAGAUGAAGAGGAUCGGGUGGAUGAAACAGCCCUUCAACAGCUCACUGAGAUGGGUUUCCCCGAGAGCAGGGCUAUCAAAGCUCUCCGAUUGAAUCACAUGUCAGUGACUCAGGCCAUGGAGUGGCUGAUUGAACAUGUAGACGACCCCUCUGUAGACACGCCACUACCAGGCCAGGACUCUUCUGGGGCAGCAGGAGCCACGGCAGCUGCCACACCAGGCCCCUCUGCCUCAGCGUCUGCCUCACCGUCAGCCUCAGCCUCAGCCUCAGCCUCAGCCUCAGCUUCCGGUCCUAACCUUCUCCGCAGUCUCUCCAGCCAGUCGAGCACAGACGAGAGCAGCAGGCAGGACGAGCUCACAGAGAUCUUCAAGAGGAUCCGCAGGAAACGGGAGUUCAGACCGGACUCAAGGGCUGUCAUCGCAUUGAUGGAGAUGGGCUUUGAUGAAAAGGAGGUGAUUGAUGCUCUGAGAGUCAAUAACAACCAGCAGGACGCUGCGUGUGAGUGGCUGUUGGGAGAUAGGAAACCUUCUCCAGAAGAUCUGGAUAAAGGCAUCGACACCAACAGCCCGCUGUUCCAAGCCAUCCUGGAGAAUCCAGUGGUCCAGCUUGGUCUAACCAAUCCCAAGACUCUGCUAGCAUUUGAAGACAUGCUGGAGAAUCCUCUGAACAGCACCCAGUGGAUGAACGACCCUGAGACUGGCCCUGUCAUGCUCCAAAUAUCCAGAAUCUUCCAGACCCUCAAUCGCACAUAGAGCCUCCUGGUGACCCCCCCCUGUGUGACUGUGGCAGCUUGUGUGUGUGUGUGUGUG